CACGCUCAACGUUCUGCUUUUUCUCCUUUCUAAAGGCAUCAGACUCUAAAAGACUGUAAGUGGAGAUGUUAGAUGGCUUGAUAUUAUUUUCCCAACCCACCACAGGCCUUGGCUCCCUAAACAUUCCCAGUCCAGAACGUGCUGUCCUUUAAAACCACUCUCUUAGUCAGCAUCGGUAACAUCAGGCCCUGCAUUUUGGAGAUGAGACAUUUGUGUGACCUGAUAAAAUAAACAUGUAAGUACCACUGUUUUCCUGCAGUGAGAACCUUGCAGGUUUGGAAUCCAGGGAUAACCUGGUACCUCCUCUGCCCAUGUCCACUACUUUGCAUUAGGUUGUAGGCAAGCUGGCUGGGUGGGACUGUCACUUCUGGCAAGAUCCGUGGGCUUGAAGUAAUCGAGAAACUGUAGCCUUAUCGCAGUUCUGCUUUUCAGACUCUGGCAGAUAAGGGCCAAGACUGAGAUCAUCAGUUCAUUUCAAGCUGUUGUUGAGAUGCUUCACCUGGCCAGCGAAUGCAUAAAGAUUCAGCCAACAGACAUCCAGCCUGACAUAUUUAGCUACUUGUUACAUAUCAUGUACACUGGGAAAGGGCCAAAGCAGACCGUCAGCCAGAGCCGACUGGAGGAGGGCAUCCGCUUUCUCCACGCAGACCACCUCUCCCACAUCGCUAUCGAGAUGAACCAAGCGUUCUCCCCAGAGCCGGUCCAGUCUUCCAACUUGUACGGGAUCCAGAUCUCGACGGCACACAAACUGGCAAAGGAACGCCUGGGAGCGAAGGACAGCCUGCCCAAGGCGGGGGGCAGGUCUGCGGCCCAGGGCGAUCACCCUCAGCUGCAGCUGUCCCUGGCCAUCGGCCUGGACGACGGCCCCCUGGGCCAGCAGGUCGCUCGCCCCUCUGCCCCGCCCGCCGCUCUCACUAAGCCGGCAGAGGAGCGUCCAAAGCUCUCGGUCUCCAUAAAGCAGGAGAGGUGCGACCCGGAGCCCGUGGUGUCCCAGAGCUGCACCCCUCCUUCUCCGGAGGUGGCCAGCCCCAUCUUUGCCAAGGCCAGCCUCAAGGUGCACUUGUGUCACUACUGCGGGGAGCGCUUCGACUCCCGGGGGGGGCUGCGGCAGCACCUGCACACCCACGUCUCGGGCUCGCUGCCCUUCGGCGUGCCGGCCUCCAUCCUGGAAAGCAGCGACCUGGGCGAGGUGCAGCCUCUGGCUGAGGACAGGGAGGCUGAGGACGACCACCGGCUCAGGGCCUUCCUCCUCAAGGAGGAUGAACAUCAGCUGGAGCAUCCAAGCUGCAGCGACCUGGAGCCUCUGCAGAUUGGCCAGCUCUCCCUCAUCUCCAAGGACCACGAACCGGUGGAGCUGAACUGUAACUUUUCUUUCUCAAGAAAGAGAAAAAUCAUCUGCACUGUCUGCGGCCGCACAUUUUUCCGGAAGAGCCAGCUGCUGGAACACAUGUACACGCACAGGGGGAAGCAGCACAAAUACAGCCGCUGCCAGAGGCUGGAGAGCCCCGCCACCCCCAGGUUUCAUCCUUACUGUGACAGCGAGAGUGUGGGUAAGAGCUCCAGUUUGUCCCAAGACCACUUAGAUGAAUGUAUACUGGAGUCAGAUCUCAUCCAAGAAAGUGUUGAUACGAUCCUGGUAGAGUAGCUCUCCCCCUGUGUUGCCUUCAGAUGCUGAAACUCUGGAUAUUUUGGCGUUUUCCACCUAGGGAGUGGCUGCUCUCUGCAGCAGAUUUUGUUCAACCACCAUUCCCCUCACCCCCAAGAUAACUGUGAAGGACUGUGUACUUUGAUUUGUGUACUUGCUUUUUUACUUCUCUAACUUCUCUAGUUAAUUCCCAUCUAAGUCCUUCUUGGAAGCCUCUGUGUAACUUGGUUACAUUUUUCCUGAAUGUGAACUUAUUCCUGCUCUGCUUUACUAGAGUUAAUACUGUACCGCUGGGUGUGAGGUUUAAACAUUGUCCAAUACUUUGUGCGGUGCCUAGGACUGUUUGUAUCCCAUAGAAUUGCUUUUCUGAAACCAGAUGGGUGGAAAUGUAGAGGGAAAUGUGCAUUGUGUUUCCCAAACAGUUUGUUUGAAAAUAAAUAUCUCAAGGAGAUGAA